AUGGCGAGCACCGUGAGCCGCGGCGUCCUCCCCGUGGCGGCAGCGGCGCCCUGGCAAAGGCGCCCGCUCCGCCCCCGCCUGCUGGCCGUCUGUGCCUCCGCCCCCGCAGUCGCCCACCAGCCUUGCGUGCUCGGCGGCCUCGCGCAACAGCUGCGCCAGCUGAAGCAGUUCAAGGUGUGCCUGCUGGGAGGUGUGGACGCUCCCGCCCCCGCCGCUGACCGCGGCACCCAGUCGGCCGCCCGCGGCGUCCGCCAGCCGCAGCCCACCCGGCAGCCCGCGGGCGUGGGCGACGGCGCGGCGCCGGGCUGCGGCGCCGGCCGCCGCCCGGGCAUCGUGUGGUUCCGCGGCGACCUGCGCCUGCACGACAACGAGGCGCUGGCGCGCGCGCAGGCGGAGUGCUCCUCCCUGCUGCCGGUGUACUGCUUCGACCCGCGGGAGUACGGCAAGAGCCCGCAGGGAUACGACAAGACGGGCCCCUACCGCGCCCAGUUCCUGGCUGAGGCGGUGGCCGACCUGCGCGCCGCGCUGCGCGCCGCCGGCAGCGAGCUGGUGGUGCGGGUGGGGCGGCCGGAAGAGGUUGUGGGGGAACUGGUGCGGCGCACCGGCGCGGGCGCGGUGUACUGCCACACAGAGGUGGCGUACGAGGACCUGCGCGCCGAGGCGGCGGUGAGGGCGGCGGCGGAGGCGGGGGGCGCCCGCCUGCGCGCCUACUGGGCCAACACGCUGUGCCACCUGGACGACCUGCCCUUCAGCCUGGACCAGCUGCCGCAGAACUUUGACAAGUUCCGGGAGCAAAUAGGGGGCGUGGCGGUGCGGGCGGCCCUGCCUGCGCCGCAGGAGCUGCAUGGGCUGCCACUGGGGGGGCGGGUGGACCCCGGGGACAUCCCCACCCUGGAGCAGCUGGGCUUGCAGCCCCUGCCCGCCGCCGCCGCCACCGGCAGCAUCGGCGAGGGCGGCAGCCCCCGGGGCGGCGAGGGCGAGGCGCUGCGCCAGCUGCAGCGCUUUGUGGCGGCGGCCGGCGGGCAGGCGGCGGCGGGCCCGGUGGCCGCCGCCCACGGCUCCAACUUCUCAGCCAACAUCGCGCCCUGGCUGGCCACGGGCUGCCUGUCGCCGCGGCGCAUGCUGGAAGACGCGCGGCGUGCGCUGGCGGCCCCCACGGCAGCUGGCGCCACGCCGGCGGCCUCGCGCCCGCUGCAGGCGCCGCUGGAGUGGGUGCGGUUUGAGCUCUACUGGCGCGACUUCUUCCGCCUCCUGUCCCGCAAGUACAGCUCCAUCUCAGGGGCCAGGCUGGGCAGCAGCGCCGCCACCGCCGCCGCAGCCGCCGUGGCCACCUGACGCCGCCCCUCUCCUCUCGUUGCGUGGUCGACUUUCAUCUGAUGGGCCCUGUGGCCGGCAGCCCUUGUUCGGUAACAUGGUGCAAGC